ACGACGACGAUUUAGGCUUCGAGUUUGCCAACAAGGAAUCAGAACUGACUGAAGAUGAGAAGAUCGCACUCCUGGGCAAACCUAAGCUCGGCGCAGCUACCCGCACCCAGAUAAGAGUCAAGGAAAACAAGGAAUACAGGAACAUGGUUGACAAGCUGGUGAAGAAGGCCAACGCCUCCAUGCUCGUCGGCUCCUCCUCCUGGAGGGAGCAGUUCGCCGAGGCUAUCACAGUCCAGGCUGGCGAAGAAGGGGACGAUGAAGAUGAAGAAGGAGGCGAGGAGAAGUUGCCCUCCUGCAUGGAUUACGUGAUGCACUUUAUCACAGUGUUCUGGAAGGUGCUGUUUGCCUUUGUUCCACCCACUGACGUGUUGAUGGGCUACCCGACUUUCGUUGUGAGCAUAUUUGCCAUUGGUGUGGUCACGGCAGUUAUAGGUGACACGGCCUCUCACGUGGGCUGCACCAUAGGACUUAAGGACACGGUUACUGCUAUUGGCUUUGUAGCGCUGGGCACGAGUGUUCCAGACACCUUCGCCUCUAAAGUGGCAGCCCAGCAGGAUCCUUACGCUGACGCCUCAGUUGGUAACGUCACGGGCUCCAACGCCGUCAACGUCUUCCUGGGUAUUGGUAUUGCGUGGACCAUGGCUGCCAUCUUCCAUAACGCCAAGGGCAACGACUUCAAGGUCCUGCCUGGCAACCUGGCGUUUUCUGUGACACUCUUCUGCGUGGAGGCUGUGGUGGCUAUAGCCGUUAUGAUGAUCAGGCGAAGCCCGAGGAUUGGCGGCGAGCUGGGUGGUCCCAAAGUGUCCAAGAUCCUCACCACCUCCUUCCUUGUCUUCCUGUGGAUCUUCUACGUUCUCAUGUCGACUCUCGAGGCAUACAAUCUCAUCCCCUCUCUCUCAUCAUAAAAGACCUACUGAGACUCCAGGUUGUGGUUGUGCCGCGGUAACGGCGCGGCCCGCAAGCAGUCUGUGGUGGGCGUUGCGGCACCGCGCUGGGCCGCAGCCCCAAGCUUGGACCCUUAUUUUCAAGUGAGGCAGCACGUGCCAGAGAGCCUUGCCUCUCACUGCCAGGCUGCCCUGACACCAUCAACGUGUGAGUGACUGACUGACGUCGUCCACUACCACCAUCAACACCUCCACCACUACCACCACCAAAAUCACUCCCGGUCACCAUCAUCACGGCCCAGACCAGUCGUCACGUACCUGGGCCCGCGAGGGUGGGGGUUCCCUUUUCUUUACAUACAGGACGCCUGGCAUCUAGUAAGCGUGACGCACGAGCAUUCCUCACAUAGACGAUGCUAUACCUCUGUCUCAUCUUUGCACAAACUUUACUUUUGGCAUGGUGGUGCUCGUGUAACUGCGAUGUUGACAACGUUUGUGGCCAACGGUGAUGGCUGCGUCUUUAGCCCCAAUGACGAUCAUCGACCAUGUGGACAUUUUGGAGGUUGCCGCGCCUGUGGCCAUUUUCUGUUAAAGACGCGCCUGGCCACUUGUCCACACUUCCUGCAGGCUCGUCUACCACUCCACACCUCCCACAACACCGGCCUGCUCUUGCAUAUUUUGGAAGUCAUACAACAAAAUCCACCCUCAUUCCUUGUAUGUUUACUUUUAAGUGUUUUGUUUCUCCAGCACAUGGAUUCUGUUUUCGUGGUUGUGCUGUGUGCCACCAUCACCAUCUCAUCCCUGCCACCGUGGUUGUACUGUGUGCCGCCGCCACCACCACCACCUCAUCCCUGCCACCGUGGUUGUAUUGUGUGCUACCAUCACCUCAACCCUUCCAUCAUUGUUGUGGUGUGUGCCACCACCACCUCAUCCCUACCACUGUGGUUGUGCUGUGUGCCACCACCACAACCCUAUCCCUGCCACCAUGGUUGUAUUGUGUGCUACCAUCACCUCAUCCCUACCAACGUGGGUCCUUAGUCAGUUUCUAGUAAAGAAUAUAUGGAGUACAAUAAGGCUAGUCAAUGGUUUGCCUAAUUGAUGUAGAAUCAAAAGUCGGAAUAGCUAAACCAUUCAGAUGAGUGCCUUCAAUGUCGAGAUAUUUAUAGAGAAUUUAUCAUUUAGUAUUGCUUUAUCACACUGAAUCUACUUUUAUUCAUUGGUUGGAUGCCAAGACUUCAAGAUAUCCUAGCUAGAUUCUAUUCUUUUUUCUUUCUUUUUUAAGAUAAUUCUGUUGUGUCUCAUUAGGAGUUGUUCCCGCCAUUCAUCCGUCAUCACAUUUGUUACUCAUCAUCCCUCAUCAUCAACCCGUGAGAGGCAUGUUUUUUCCUUCAUCAGUCUCUGUACCAUGAAAGAGAUGAACUUCAUGUUCGUUGGGAGUGUUGACGUGUUUUUGUUCAAUAGACAUAUUUUAUAAAUGUUACACUAUUGUUAAGGGUUACAGUGGAAACAUCAAAGUCAUGGGUAUAAAUCUUUGGAUUUUUUUUUUGUGGGUGAGAACUAGUUUUUACUUGAAAGAGUCUUGAAGUAUGUGUACAUAAUUCAAAUUUGCACUGUACAUAGGUAGCUGUAUAAUACCUUCGUGAUCAGCUGUAGUCAGUUUUAUACGCGAUAGCCAGGCUCUUUCAAAUGUGUAUAGAGUUGAAGAAACACACGUAGCCAACCCUGAAUGAUGAGAGUUAUUGUUGAGGGAGCGUUGUAGCUUGGCUACACUUUCUCCGCCAGGUCCACUGCGCGGAAACACACACAACCCUCGCUAAACAAGGCUCUUUUGAGAUUUGAUUGCCAUUGGCGGACUUCUAAAGCGGCUUAGCCACUUAAACUCAGGAUCUACUAUAUUUAUAUUUUUUUUCCUGACUUCCGUAUGUUUCUAAACACCUUUCUUACAAACGGUUAUGCACGACUGAAUAUUUCUGAACUACACUAAGUAGCUGCCAAAUGGAUUUUAAACUAAUGAGUUUUUUGCUCAUGUGGAGAUUAAUUAUUUAUUUUGCAACACGAAGGAUUAUCUCUCCAGAUUUCCUGUCGUAUUCAUAUAGUAAAGGAAUAUUAGACCCUGGAAUAAACCUUACGUGGUGCUCAUAAUAAAGAAUCCAGCUCCAUAAUAUUGAUGACUUCCAGCCUUUUGGAUGCCAACUACACGCGUGGGGACUUUAAAUGUAGACGUUUCCCAGUUAUUGGCAGCCGUGAAAUAUCUAAAAUUUUCUCUUUUUAAAUACCAGCCUUAGAAGGAGGGAAAAUUAUUAGUAUUGAGUAGCAAUAAUAUCAUUAUAUCACACAAAAAAAUUUAAAUAAAAUUUUAACACCGUAAGGUCAACAGAUGUGUAGUCUUGUACACAUUUCAGAGGAUGGGAUAGUUAUAGGGGACCCUUAUAUCAAAUGCUGUUAACUUCCCAGCGUUUUCUGUAGGCUGCCCUCAUGGGCUCCUUUAUCUCUCAAACCAAGACAUUGUAUUCUCAUUUUUGUUGGAUCUUCUGGAAACAAGUUUAAAAAAAAUUGUCUCGUCUAUGUAUUCUCCUUGCGUUUUCUUAAAGUUAGCAAUAAAAGAGUAUAAUAAAA